AUGGUGAGGGCUCACCAGGCAGCUUAUGGUUUCCUGAACCCAAACAUCACCAAAUAUGAAACUCUCCUGGGGCUGCUAGACCAGGCGACUCAGACUCAACUGUCCCUCCAGCCCAUAAUGGCUGCUUUGGUGUUGUACUUUGAGGAAAUCAACCAGGCACUGGAGGAGAUGGCUGAAGAGGGUGAGCUGAUGCUUAAAGAGUAUGGAGAAAGCAUGAGCUUACCAUCUGGGAUGGUAAGUCAAGCUCUAUGGUCCGAUAAACCUUCCAAUACUUUAGCAGAUCUUCUUGAUCCUCCCCCAGAUCUUUUACAACAAUUGCUUCAGCAAUCAUCAGAAAAAAUGAAGCGAGUUGGAGGCUCAGUAAAGAAUUUGGGUGAUACUGCACUUGAUGAAGUCAUAGAAUAUUUCUCUUGCCUUUCUAAACUAUUUGCUGAGAAGCUACAGACUAAGCAGGCUGCAGAGCUUAGGUUGUCUCAAGUACUCGCAAGAAUAGAAAUGUCAGCAAUUAAAACGUCUAACCCAAAAGAUUCAGCACUUCCCAGUGAAGACAGUGGAAUUGGGGGAGAGAGCGAGAGCUUGGCUGGCUCAGAAAGGCACCAAUGCCACCGUGGAUAUAGUAAAGGAGAGGACACUGGCAACGCCAGCAGGAGCUGCACAGAUUGCAGGGAUGACCUGGAGAUUGAUAAUCUACCACCUCCACCCCCAGAAGUUCUAUUGGACAAUUCCUUUAACCCCCUGGAAGUGCAGUGCUUCCCAGAAAAUGUGGAGAGAUACAGCGGGGCAGGCUUUGCACAAGAGGAAGAGACAACCCAACUUCUCGCACUCAGUCAGAACAGAGGCCUGGGAUGA